AUGGGCACGCAAACAGCUCCGACUUUUUUUUGUACUGAGACUACAGAAGUAGGAGUUGAAGUGAAAAGUGAAGAUUCGUGCAAUAAUAAUUUUUCAAAUGAUGUCGUUAUUGAUAAAGAAUUAAGUACAUUAACUGGCAUUGAAAAAAGUGCAAUUUUAGACACUCUGGUGAAAAUUGUGGAACUUAUCGCACCUCGCUUUCAAUUCCACAAUGCAAAAUUGACAAUACGCCAAAGAAUAAUAAUGUGUUUUAUGAAACUGAAACAUAAUUUGAGUUACGCGUUGUUAACAUUUCUGUUUAAGUCUUGUUCUGAAAGACAUUGCCAAUCUGCAAUUGUCUUUCCAUCAAAAGAAGAAAUAGAUAAAAAUUUACCGACAUGCUUCGAAGAUUUUAAGACUACUCGAAUUGUUCUUGAUUGUACAGAAAUUAAUAUCCAAAAACCCAAAAAUCUUUGCUGCCAGUUGGCAACGUAUUCUUUCUAUAAAAGUACAUACACUGUCAAAUACAUGACAGGCGUCACACCUGGUGGUUUAAUUUCUUUUCUAAGUAAAGGAUAUGGUGGUCGAGCAUCAGAAAAAGCCAUUUUUGAACAAAGUGGUUUGUUGGAAUUGAUGAAAGAAGAAAAAAAUCAGAGUAUUAUGGUCGAUAAAGGAUUUCUCAUAGAAGAUGUCUGCAACGAUUACGGAAUGAAAUUAAUUCGUCCGCCGUUUGUAAAAAAUAAAAAACAAUUUGCCGAAGAAGGUGCUUUAAAUACCUGUAAUAUUGACAGCGCACGAGUUCAUGUUGAAAGGGACAAUCAAAGAUUAAAAGUUUUUGCUAUAUUAGGAUCAAGGAUGCCAUCGUGUCUUGUUGCAAAAUGUGACAAAAUUAUGCCGAUUUUAUGUGCGAUUGUAAACUUAAGUUCACCAAUCUUACAAGAUAAUAGAUUUCUGACCAAUGUUAAUUGUAACGGAUCUGAAAAUGACACAGGUCAACCUGAUUUGUAA